GGCCUCGGCAAGGGCGGCGCCAAGCGUCACCGCAAGGUCCUUCGUGACAACAUCCAGGGUAUCACCAAGCCCGCUAUCCGCCGUCUCGCUCGCCGUGGCGGUGUCAAGCGUAUUUCCGGCCUCAUCUACGAGGAGACCCGUGGUGUCCUGAAGAUCUUCCUUGAGAACGUCAUCCGCGACUCCGUCACCUACACCGAGCACGCCAAGCGCAAGACCGUCACCUCGCUCGACGUCGUCUACGCGCUCAAGCGCCAGGGCCGCACCCUUUACGGUUUCGGC